AUGUCAGCCAUUCUGAGUCCUGUUUGGUGGUUGGCCCUCAACAUCGUUGCCCGAAUGCACGAACCUUUGACACAUCACUUUGCUUUUGUUCGUACGAGCAAUGUUUGCAAUAUGCUCUCCCAUAUGACUUGUGGAAAAGCAAAAGAAAUCAGUCUGGAAAUAUCGGGUUUGAUGGCAUCAAACUCACACACAUGGGCAAAAUUGAUUGUCCUCACUCUGUUUGGGUGUGAAGGGGCGCUUCCCGAUGGUUUGGAAUUGGCUGACCUCCUGGAACUCGGUGUAGCUUUGAAUUGUCACCAUCAUGCAUCGUAUCAACGACGGAUCAUCAGAGAUACUCAAAGACUACCUUUAGCGUUAUUCUGGAUAGCAUUUGAAAGACCAGAGGUUCAAUGUCCUAUGAGGAAAUCAGUCGCUCAGUUCAUUCUGCAUUGCAAAGAUGAAUACCUAGAGGCUAACGCCCGUAAACUACGUGUUUUUGCCUUUGAAGAGUUUGAAGAGAUGGCGGCUUCGGGUAGAUGUGGUCCAAUAUUGUUUUCGAUUAUGUCAUGUGUGGCAGCGACUGCGAAGGGUGAUGUCGCCAUCAAUGAGGGGCACAACUCCCUCAUCAAAUCGAUUGUGCAGAGAUGUCGCAAUAUAGGGUUACCGUUGCUAUCGGCAAGGUCCAAUUGUAAGAAGGAACUCCGAGUGGGAAUUCGAGGUGCUCCAUCGAAAUGGUCUCAGGUGAAGAAGCAGGCUCUAUGUAUGGUUCAGGACUCUGUGGAGAACUACCAAGAUGCCUUUGGCAAGAUUCUCUCUGACCCAGACCGCUUCGCCCAAUCCAUUGAUGCUGAACGACAGAGAGAUUCGGAUUCUGGUUUCACACUUCCAGACAAAGGUAGUAUCACUUCAUGGGGGGUAGCUACAGCGAAGAAGCAGGAGAUCAUAACCGAUUUGCAAUCCGCGAACGAACUUAUUCUCACCGAGAUUUCCGAUGAUGCCAAAGCAUGGGCUUAUGUUCAAAGCCUACGUCUUCACCGUACAAGGCAGCCAAUGUCUGCAGAGACUUGUAUCACACUGGGGUCUCUUACUGAUAAAGAUUCCUCUGGUGAACGGCUUCUCUCCACAGCUUGGAUGAUUUCUGACAAGAACUACAGCCUAGCGAUGUUGACACAGCUACAAGUUGUACAUGUCACAUCUUGUCGGGAUCAUUUCGUUCAAGCCGCAGAACGUUGUAGUCCUCCGGGUACAGAGUUUGAUUUUUUGCUUUUCCCAACGAAGCCUUUGUGUGCAAUACCCAGCACCGAUUGGUUUGCUGCUGUUGUCUAUGAACAGUUGAUAGCAGAUGACAAACGUGAUAAGGCUCAACUCACUCCCAAGAUCUUUCGACACAAACUACGUUGGUGCUACUGUUUGGAAACUUGCACUUUAUUUGCAGUAGCCAACAGUAAGGAUGAGUUCCCUUUACUGACAGUGACAGUAUCCAAGUCGAACAAUAAAAGGCGGAAGAAAACUAUCACCAAAGACUCCUUGGACUCAUUGGAUUCCGAUAUGGAGGACAACCAUGACGAUGAUACUCAUGAUGAUGACAUUCAUGGGGGGCAGGGACGUCGCAGUCGAAAAUCCAAGUUAGUGGCCUUAGCUGUGAAAUUGGCUACAGGGUCAGAGUCAGCUCUUGAAGGAGGAGGGGAAGAUGAUUUGGAGGACGAUGUAGCAAUUGCAUUAGCUGCUCUCGAAGCUGGGGGUGAUAUAGAUGAAGCGCAAGAUCAUUUUGAAGACUGGCGAAAUGAAGAUAACGAUGAUAUAUGCGCAGAUCUGUUCGACAAACGAGAUCACGAAAAUGUUUCAUCUUUGGAGGCCUCAGUCAGACCGUAUCCUUUUACAGAAAUAAUAAACAACAUAACGUAA